AUGUCGCUCCAUUCGCUUUACGCGCUUCCUCCGAAUCUGCAAAUGGCCACCAGGACAGAUGGGAUUCAGCUUCUUCUACAAGCAGAAAAAAACGCAGCAGAAAAGCUGAAUGAGGCCAAGAAGCGGAAAGAAAAAAGGCUUAAGGAAGCAAAAAAGGAAGCCCAGGCUGAAAUAGACACUGAAAAAGCUGCCAGAGAACGAGAAUAUAAGACCUUAGAAGAAAAGGUGAAUUUUUGGACGGAGAUCUGA